GACAAAAAUUCACCUUCUAAAUACAUACACCUUGCUUUUAACCUAAAUCUUGUUGGCGUCUCACAUCAUGUAGCAUGGCUUUUAUAUAACUUGAUCACAAUAGGAAAACAAAUUUAAAUCCGUGCUGACUCAGUUUUAUCAACAAUGUUUAUAUUUAUCGAAUUCUGGUUUUUUACAAACAUUGAAUGCAUGGCAAUCGUUUUUAGCGAUAGCGACCAUAUUUGUGAGAAGCAGCAUUCUCUUUGAGGCGAAUGUGUAGACGAGACCAGUGUUUUGCGAGCGACUUCGCCAUCACAAGCGUCAAGUAGCAGAAGUGCUCUUUAAAGCUUUUACUGGCUUAAAGCAUUGAUCCAGUGGCCGGCUUUAGUUUGCAGUGCAGGAGCUAACGAACAGCAAACGAACUGGACAUGGCGCAAACGAGACUUUCGAUGAUUAUCUGCUGUGUAGCUAUUUGUUUGCUGAAUGCUCACAAAGUCCAUAGUGAAAAAUUACCGAUCGUUCUAUGGCAUGGAAUGGGGGAUACUUGCUGUUUUCCGUUCAGUUUAGGUGGUGUUAGAAAAUUUCUCGAAUCAGAAAUCGGAGUUUAUGUAAAGUCUGUGGAAAUUGGCAACUCUAUUGCUGAAGAUUUUAAAAGUGGCUAUUUGGUUCAUCCAAAUCAACAGAUAGAAAUGGUUUGUGCAGAGCUGAGCAACGAUGCCAAGCUAAACAAUGGAUUUAAUGCUAUUGGAUUUUCGCAAGGAGGUCAGUUCCUACGUGGACUCGUGCAAAGAUGUCCAACCGUACGGAUCAACAAUUUGAUUACUCUUGGUGGUCAGCAUCAAGGCGUGUUUGGUUUGCCAAAUUGUCCGUCAUUAAGUAGCCGAACGUGUGAGCGUUUCCGGCAGCUUCUGAACUAUGCCGCCUAUACGGAGUUGAUGCAAAAUUUCCUUGUUCAAGCAACCUAUUGGCAUGAUCCGCUGAAUGAAGAGAAAUACAAAAACUCCAGCUCGUUUUUGGCGGAUAUUAAUAACGAACGAUUCAUCAACCAAAGUUAUGUGGAAAAUUUACAAAAACUAAACAAAUUUAUCAUGGUUCAGUUUAACAAGGAUACCAUUGUUCAACCAUUAGAAUCGCAAUGGUUUGGUUAUUACAAACCUGGACAGGAUAAAGAAACACAGGGUCUUAAGGAAACUGAACUGUUUAUCGAGGAUCGACUAGGUCUGAAGAAGAUGGACAACGAAAACAAACUUGUUUUUCUUCAGUGCGAAGGCAAUCAUCUGCAGUUCACAAAGGAAUGGUUGCGAGAAAAUUUGUUUAUUUAUUUAACGUAGAUGAAGAAUGAAGUUAUUGUGAUGAACUGAAGUCGAGAGAAAUCAUAAGGUGGCAUUAAAUUCAUGUAGCUGUUAAUACACCUGUAAAACUCAAUAUCACAUGGAAUGUUUGGUAAUAUUAUUCAUAGUUGAUUGCUACUGUUCGCAAGCGUGUUAUCAGCCAAACUAAAUAAAUCUUCCUUGAAUUUUGCCUAGUCAGUUUAA